AUGGAGUCUGACUCCUAUAGAGGAAGAAAGGUGGUGAGGAUUGAGGCCUAUAAUUUAAAACGGUCUCAUCCAAAUGGGCUUCUCAACCCGGUAUUGCCACGUGAUUUUAUUUGUAACUGUGUAUUCCUUUUUAGGUGUUACUCUUGUAUUGGGAAGGUUCAGGAUGCCUUUGUAUCUUAUAGGCAAUCCAUUGAUAAAUCAGAAGCAAGUGCAGAUACAUGGUGUUCAAUAGGUGUGCUCUAUCAACAGCAAAAUCAACCUAUGGAUGCUUUGCAAGCUUAUAUAUGUGCUGUACAGUUGGAUCAUGGACAUGCAGCAGCUUGGAUGGACUUAGGUAUUCUUUAUGAAUCUUGCAACCAACCCCAGGAUGCCAUUAAAUGCUACUUAAAUGCAACUCGGAGCAAAAGCUGUAAUAACACCUCUGCACUUACAUCAAGAAUUAAGUUUUUACAGGCUCAGUUGUGUAACCUUCCACAAAGUAGUCUACAGAAUAAAACUAAAUUACUUCCUAGUAUUGAGGAGGCAUGGAGCCUACCAAUACCCGCAGAGCUUACCUCCAGGCAGGGUGCCAUGAACACAGCACAGCAGAAUGUUUCUGAUAAUCGGAAUAGAGUCCAGACAGCAUCACAUCAUCCAGUACAGCAGAAACUUUAUACACAGUGCUUCACAACACAGAAAUUACAGGGUCUUGGUAAAGAUCAACAACCUCCAUUUCAAACUGGAUCCACACAAUCUCUCCAAGCAGCUAGCACUGAUAAUCAGAAUCAGAAUGGAAAUCAUACUCUGCCUCAAAAUUCAAAGGGAGAUGCUCAAAACGAUUUCUUACAUAUUCCUACCUCUGAAGAACAAAAGAUCAUUAACUGUACCAAAGAGAGCAAGGAUUCAAGAAGUAAAUCCUUGAGUUCUAAAACGAGUAGGCAAGAUAGAGACACAUCUAAUAUCUGUGUUAAUGCAAAGGAACAUUCUAAUCAUAUUCAUCAGAUCUCAUCAAUUCCUGUUUCCAGCCUUAAUGAAGAUUCUAUGUCACCAAAUUUAAUAAUUGUAGACAAUCCUCAGAUUUCUGUCUUGGUUGGAGAAGUUAUUGACAAUGUGGACCGUGACACUGGAACUUGUGACAAAGUAAAUAAUGUUCAUCUAGCCAUUCAUAAAAAGCCUGAUAAUCUUACUACUUCUUUACCCUCUUCAGCCAGUUCCACAGAAACACUUUCUCUAAAGCUUACUGAGCAGACACCCAUUGUUACCAGCUUCAUCAGUCCUCACAGUGGAGUACACACAAUUAAUGGAGAAGGGCACGAGAACUCAGAGAGUUCUGUCAGUGUUAAUGUUGGCCUCAGACCUAGACCUCAAAUUAUACCAUCAAUGUCUGUGUCCAUAUACUCCAGUUCAACAGAAGUUCUGAAAGCAUGCAGAUACUGUCUCCUCAAGAUUCUAAAGCAGUGUCAGGCUUUGAGAGAAGCUCUUGUUGCCGCAGGGAAAGAGGUUUUGUGGCAUGGGAGGAUAAAGGAUGAACCAGCUCCUUACUGUAGCAUCUGUGAGGUGGAAGUUUUUAAUUUGCUUUUUGUCACUAACGAAAGCAAUUCUCAAAAGACAUAUAUAGUACAUUGUCAGAACUGUGCACGAAAAUCAAGUGGAAAUUUGGAAAAUUUUGUGGUGCUAGAACAGUACAAAAUGGAGGACCUGAUUCAAGUCUAUGACCAAUUUACAUUAGCUCCUUCGUUAUCUUCUGCAUCUUAAUAUUGUUCCAGAAAUACUGAGGCCGUUGUUCUUCAUGAAAUAUACUACUUAUUUUAUUGUUAUUUCUUAAGACUGCUAUCUCAAA